AUGAGGUUUUUCCACCUCCUCAGUUAUGUUUUUCCACUGCCUCGCCUCUGUACGGCUCUUACCGCGGGAGGAGGGAGAAACCUUAUUUUCUCCCUCCUCUCCUCUGUCUUAACAUUUCAUGUCAUUAACAUCAGAACCGACAUCGAAUUCGUCUUCUUUGGCGGGGGAUUUGAUACGCCUUGCGUUUUGGCAAGAUCACACCGCAUCAAUUUUGUCAAUCCGAAGAAGCCUUUAUAUGGACAUAUCUCAAGUAUAGAUUCAACUGGAACCUCGAUGAGAUUAACAUGGGUUAGUGGAGAUUUGGAGCCUCAACAAGUACAAUAUGGAGACGGAAAUACACUGCCCUCGCAAGUUACCACAUUUACACAAGAUCACAUGUGCUCAAGUUCAUCACCAAGUCCAGCAAAGGAUUUUGGGUGGCAUGACCCAGGAUACAUUCAUUCUGCAGUAAUGACAGGACUUGAACCUUCAAGCACCUUCUCCUACAAAUAUGGAAGUGACUCAGCCGGUUGGAGUGAACAAAUCCAAUUUAGAACUCCACCUGCGGGAGGAUCAGAUGAGCUCAGGUUCAUAGCAUAUGGGGAUAUGGGAAAGGCUCCUCGUGAUGCUUCUACCGAGCACUUCAUUCCGCCAGGGUCCCUCUCAGUGAUUGAUGCCAUCGCAGAUGAAGUAGAUUUUAACAAGGUAGACUCAAUCUUCCACAUUGGAGAUAUUAGCUAUGCCACUGGCUUUUAUGUUGAAUGGGAUUUUUUCCUUCAACAAAUAAGCUCUGUAGCAUCACGAGUUUCUUAUAUGACUGCAAUUGGAAACCAUGAGAGAGAUUACGAAGAUUCGGGAUCAAUAUAUACAUUCACUGAUUCAGGAGGAGAAUGUGGAAUUCCUUAUGAAACUUACUUUCCCAUGCCAACUUUAGAAAAGGAUAAGCCAUGGUAUUCCAUAGAACAAGGAAGUGUUCACUUCACAGUGAUUUCAACUGGGCAUAAUUGGACACAAAACUCUGAACAGUAUGAAUGGAUGAAAAAUGACAUGGCUUUGGUCGAUCGAUCAAAAACUCCUUGGUUAGUUUUCACAGGACAUAGACCCAUGUAUUCGUCUGGAGAAGGAUACCUUAAUGUGGAUGAUCAAUUUACUAAGGAAGUAGAACCAUUACUCUUGGAAAACAAAGUUGAUCUGGUUCUCUUUGGCCAUGUUCAUAAUUAUGAGAGAUCUUGCUCCGUUUUCCAAAAAGAAUGCAAGGCCUUUCCUAAAAAAGAUGAAAGUGGGAUAGACGUAUAUGAUCACAGCAAUUAUAGUGCCCCAAUGCAUGCAAUUAUUGGUAUGGGUGGCUUUUCCUUCGACAAGUUCCCAUAUCAAGUAAGCACAUGA